AUGUUUGACACUGGUUACAAGUCACAGUAUAUUGGAGGCCAGAGGGAGAAGUUUGUAAGGUUGGAUGAUCUUGAUUCUAACAUGUCAUUCUCAGGCAGACCGAGUUUGAUGGAUAGGCUAAGAUCGAUCUUCCAUGUUGGCAGCCGCGCAAGGAAGAAUCCUUCACAAUCCUUUAGGCUAGGAGUGAAGAAAGGAUCAGCAGGACUCAGAACAUUUGGAAGGUCACUGAAAACUGGUGUAACUACUUGGGCAGUGUUCCCUGAAGAUCUCAAAGUUUCAGAGAAGAAAGUGUUUGAUCCUCAAGACAAGCACCUUCUCCAUUGGAACAAGUUCUUUGAGAUCCUCUGCAUUUUUUCAGUAGCUGUUGACCCUUUCUUCUUCUAUCUCCCUUACUUCAACGUCAAGUCAUUCUGCCUCGCCAUAGAUAGCACACUGGCGAAUUUUACAGCAGCACUGAGGACUGUAUUGGAUUUUAUCUAUCUCCUGCGCAUAAGCUUUCAGUUCCGAACUGCUUAUAUCGCGCCUUCAUCUCGUGUGUUUGGAAGAGGUGAACUUGUCAUAGAUCCUGCAAAGAUUGCCAGUAGAUAUUUACAGCGAUAUUUCAUUAUCGACUUCAUGUCUGUGUUUCCUAUGCCACAGAUUAUAGUGUGGAAAUAUCUAUACAAAACAAGACAUUCAGAGGUAUUGAGUACAAAAACGGCACUGUUGAGAACUGUGAUCCUGCAAUAUUUUCCAAGAUUUCUAAGGUUUCUUCCAUUAGCAUCGGAAGUUAAAAAGACAGCUGGUGUUUUUGCAGAAAAUGCACUGCUUGGAGCCAUUUACUAUUUGAUUUGGUUUAUGCUAGCUAGUCAUAUAACUGGCUCCGUUUGGUACUUACUUGCCAUAGAACGCAAUGACACAUGUUGGAACAAUGUUUGUCUUGAAGAUAAUAGAUGUAACAGUCAUUUCUUGUACUGUGGAAGUACCAAUAAGCACAUCCCAGGGUUUGAUGCUUGGAAAAAUGUCAGUGAGGAUGUUCUUGUAAAGAAGUGCUUUGUUGAUGGUGAGUUCAAUUAUGGAAUCUUUGCUCAAGCAAUCAAGAGUGGUAUUGUUGCUUCUGUUGAAGUCUUUCCUAAGUUCUGUUACUGUUUAUGGUGGGGCCUUCAAAAUCUGAGUACAAUUGGCCAAGGGCUUUCAACCAGCACCUACAGUAAAGAGGUGUGGUUUUCCAUAGCAAUAGCUGUUAUGGGGCUCAUCCUUUUCGCACUUCUGAUUGGAAACAUGCAGACAUACCUUGACUCAAUGUCGGUUCAUCUUGACGAAAUGAGGAUCCAAAGACGUGAUUCUGAGCUAUGGAUGCAUCAUCGCUCGCUUCCUCCAGAACUAAGGGAAAGAGUCAGACGCUAUGAUCAAUACAAGUGGCUGAAUACCCGAGGCGUGGAUGAAGAGAGCUUGAUGAAGAGCCUUCCAAAAGAUUUAAGGAGAGAUAUCAAACGGCAUCUUUGUUUGAAUCUGGUUAAAAGGGUUCCUCUCUUUGCUAACAUGGAGGAACGCCUGCUCGAUGCUAUAUGCGAGCGACUGAAACCUACUCUGUACACAGAGGGCACUGACAUAGUUAGGGAAGGAGACCCUGUCAACGAGAUGCUCUUCAUCAUCCGUGGACGCCUAGAGAGUGUCACCACAGAUGGUGGAAGGAGUGGAUUCUUUAACAGAGGGCUUCUCAAAGAAGGAGACUUCUGUGGUGAGGAGCUACUAACAUGGGCACUAGAUCCAAAAGCUGCAGCAAACUUGCCAUCAUCUACUAGGACAGUGAAGGCCAUAAAUGAGGUCGAGGCAUUCGCAUUGGAAGCGGAGGAGCUUAAGUUUGUCGCUUCGCAGUUUAGAUACAUUCAUAGUAGGCAGGUUCAGCAUACCUUCAGGUUCUACUCACAGCAAUGGAGGACAUGGGCCGCUAUCUACAUUCAAGCCGCGUGGAGGAGGUAUAUGAGGAGGAAACACACCAUGCAAAGAAGGCAGGAGGAAGAGUAUUAUUAUGAUUCUGAUGACAGUGGUGGUGAUUCUGCAAAGGCCUUGGUUAAACGUUCCUCAAGUUCAUCUAGCUUUGCCACAACCAUGUAUGCUUCACGCUUUGCCGCGAAUGUACUUCACGGUCAUAGGCUUCGUGAAGCAGGUAGUUCCACUAGUCUAGGAAGAAUUCAAAAACCAUCUGAACCUGACUUCAGUCAUUAUGGUCCAAAGUGA